GUGAAAUAUUGGGCACAGAAUACAGAGGAAGAUUUGUACCCACAAGGUCAUUUGUUGAUUUGCACAUAUAAGUGCAAUGUUAACAUCGAUCUUAUUUUGGAUCUUGGAAGUCACAAAUACUACAAGCAACCUAGCUGUUUAGAUACCUUACAAUUAUUUCUACUCUUCAAAUUGCAGAGACACCAAGAUUCAAUCCCUCUAAUCGCAGAGGAUAAGUCAGGCCUUGAAGAUUGUACAAGCAGUAUUGCUGAAGGUUCUCGUUCAUUUGGGGUCGCCUCUUCCUCAGAAGAGUCAGGACGCUUCUAUAGUGGGGGGGAUGGACAGCGUUUUCUGAAGAGGUGGCCCUCUACACCCCAACCAGGCACUCGUGUUUGGAUACGGUAUGGUGGCACAGUGUGCUAUGGACAAGUAGUGCAUUGUAUGCCUGAACUGAAUAUGUUCACUGUACGACCAGCUGAUGGCGGUUCUAGACUUGUCACUCGUGGUCUUGAAGAUAUUCUACCUUCUACACCCCAACAGUCAAUCUUAACUCCACCGACAGAAGACGAAUGGGAUAGUGACUUGAUUGGAUGUGAUGAAAUUUCCCCAAGUCCGCACAAUAAUACAGCUUUCCCGACGAAAUGUGAGGCCACGGUUUCGGACUCGUUUUCUUAUCCAUUAUUCAUCGAUGUACCAUCUAGAGCAUCUAUUGAUGAGGGAUCAUCUUUUGAGCCAAUGACUACUUUGUCUGGUUUGCCAUCAAACUCUACAGCAUCAUUCGGUCUCUCACCGAUUUUGGGCUCCUCGGAUGUAACUGAUAUAAAUAUCCCUAGAGAAUCUGCAGGACAUUUCGAUGUUUCGUCUCAUAGGACAUUUUCUGAUAAUAAUCGCUACCCACAUAAGUCAGCACUUGGUACAAGCCUCCCUUCUCGCGGGUCCAUGGAUCCCUCAUCUGUAACAUAUCUGGUGACUCAGAGGGUAGGCUCCUCGAACAGUGAUAACUGCUUUCACAAACGUUGGGACACGUUUUCUUCCCAACCAGAGCUAUCUUCGAAAGGACUAGUAAAAGCACACGAUGAAGACUCACCUCUUGAAGUAAAGCGAACCUCCAUUCCAUCUCAAACCACAAGUUUCCGAAAUCAAACCUCAACAGAUUAUGUGGUUGAAGCUGUUUUGCACUGGAUUGAGUCUAUUUCUCCUAGUACAACAUCUGAACCCAACACUUGGGAGAAAGUAGACAUAAAUGAACUCAAAGAAACUAUGAAAACAUUAUUGGCAUCAUCAAAUGCAUUUGAAGGGGAUUAUGUUCAAAACUGUUCUGAAGAUCGCUCUCAACUACCUGUAUACUCUCCAUCAUGUUUUGAACAAGCUCAUUUUUCAGCAAUUGAAACAAGCUCGGAAACUAGCAUGCCCUCAACAUCUAGUAAUGUUAGUUUAUGCCUAAAAUCAAAUCUAGUCACAGUAAAUAGAGAAACUGUUGUUUCAAAUUAUCAGUCAACUCGUUUCAUGACCAGUGAACCACAGCAACAACAACAACAAGAACAAGAUAAAUCACAGUAUUGUUUUUCGAACCCUUCAUCUACUUGUCCAAAAUGUUUCCCUAAUUUUGGCACACAAAAUUCACUAGAGUUUGUCAGGGAUAAAAUAUCACCCUGUGAUUGUAAAUCAUUUCAAGAGGAUUCAAAUAACGCAAAUUCGUUUCAUCUUGACCCAAUUUUUGAAAACACUUGUGUUACUUCUCCCAAUUUUAUCCACGCAUCGUCGGAUCCUAAGAGUGAUAUUUUCACCAGUUCCGAACCUCCAUCGAAUCCUCUUGUUUAUGCUCAACAAAUCCUUCCAUCAUUAAUUAACGAACGUGGCUCAGUGAGUUUUCAGUUACUGUCUUCCAUAUUGGCUCAUAGUUGUAUUGAAUGUAAUCAAGAUUGUCACAGAAGUAUGCUAUUAGAUGGAUUAAAACAAGCUUUCAGUUCGAUCAUGUAUUCACCCACUAGUGUGCCUUCAACACCGACAACCAAUGAAGUUUAUUAUGGUGCAGAUCCAGUCUACUCUAGAAGUCAUUCGUCAAUGCUACGUGAAAAUAAAGAACAACCAAUUACUGGAUAUACAGUUCCUGUACGUAGACACUUGUCUUGUGUUAGAUUUACGGAUAGUUUAAGUCUUGUAUCAUUGAUAGACAGUCCGACACAUAAUUUAAGUGAAGCUCACAAUAUACUUCCACAUCCUUCAGAAUCAGGUUCAUACUUUUCUGAAAGUUGUCCGAGUCAUAUAAAUGUUGAUCAUUCUAAGGAAUCACAAACGACUUCCUUAUCAUACCCCAUUGGUAGUGCAGAAAUGUUUCAUCAUGUAUACUUCCCACCCAGGAGUCGAGAAUCUAAGUCUGGAGAGUUUCUUAGGUCGGAAACUUCUCACACAGUUGAACAAGGGUAUACCAUUCAGCCGAACACCUCAACCAAUGAAGCUUCAAUGAAAACAAAUGUUGAAACAAGUAAAACACUAAAAUUCCAAGUUAACUGUAAUUCUUUCGUUUCACAACCUCGGAAGUUGGAUUAUAGAGAUUCAGUCAGUGGCAUACCCUUACGUGUUGGCUUACCACCAUCAACUACUAGUGGACGUAUCGAUGUUCGUAAAUGUCGUAAAGUUUACGGGAUCGAAAAUAGAGAUCAAUGGUGUAAUCAAUGCAAAUGGAAGAAAGCGUGUCGACGUUUUCCAAAUCCAUGUUCAGUGUCUAAACAUUCUCAAGGAUUAAGUAAUCGUAAUCUCCCAGUGGAAAAGUGUAAUCGACAACCUAUUGAAUCUAAUGUAUCUGAAAUGUGUGUUAUUUGUUCACCACCAUGCUCAUCUGAUAUAAGUCUCCCAAGUAUGACUUCUCCAGGUAGUUGGCCAAUUUCAAGUUCUAUCUAUAGAAAUUUAUCGGAUAAUUCGACUGUUCCUUAUAAAAAUUUAACUGGUGAAUGAAUAUAGAUAUAUACAUAUAAUAACUAGAGUAUAUUUUUUUAAAGAGUAUUCUAAACAUCCCUUAAUCUUACGACCUUAUCAUACAAAUUUAGUUAUCUGAGUAAUUUUUGCAAUCUUCGUUAUAUUAUCUACUUUUUUUUCUCAAUAAUCAUCAAUAAUAAUAUCGUCUCUUAUUUUUUCACGAUCUCUAAACUGAAUUAAAACAAAUACACAUUCAUUCAUAUUAUGUAAAUGAGUAAAAUAAUCGGUUCACUUUUGUUGGUUCUAUCUAUACGUGCACACACAUAUAUAUGUUGAUCCAUCUAAUCAUAUCACAUGUGCCAUUAUUGUUGUUGUUACUGCUUUUGUUUUAAUAUAGACAUUUUUAUUCAUCGUUUUCCACGUAUAAUUACUUAUCAUUAAUUCACAAUUUUUUUAAAAUUUAAACAAUUUGAAUAAAAUCUCCCUCUAUUCAGAGAGAAAAGUGCUAGUCUGCACAAAUAUUUUCAUCUAAUAUACUGUGCAUUUCAACGAUAAACUAUUCUGUGAAUUUAUUCAUUAUCCUAUGCAUAUUGUCAUCGUUUCUUGUUCUUCUCUUUAUUAUUAGAGUACUAUAUUUCGAUUUUUUUUUUGGUUAAUGAAUAAAUCAUUGAAAUUACUACCGUCAUCAUAAUUAUUGUUGUUAGCAUGUCAUCAAGUGUAUUGUCUCUAUCUCUAUCACUAUUUCACUCUUACUCAUAUUUGUAAACACCGGUUUUUCUUUUUACAUUCCAUUGAAAUUUAUUUGUUCUGAUCUCGUUUCUAUCCUGAUAUUGUGAUUAUUGUUGGUAAAAUGAAACGAUGAUUUGUUUAGUCCCAACUCACAUAUACAUUUGUAUAACAAACAAGGUGAGGGCUAUAUAUAUAUACAUAUAUAUAUUUCAAUCCAGUCAAAUUGAUUCAUUAUCUAUCUGAUGCCGCGUUCAUUAUUUUAUUAUUUUCAUUUCUCUUGUGUGUGUUUUUAUUUUUCUUCUCCAAAGCCAAAGAUAUUACCUUCUUUCAUUUACUUUUUAUACGCUCACUCAAUCAUCUGUGUCAAAACAUACCGGUUUUUUUUUACAUAUGUCACUGUCAUUAUUUAACUAUUAUUUUUGUUAUUAUUAUUAUUAUUAUUAUUAUUGUUAAUGCUAUUUCUACUGCUUCUUUUUUUCUCAAUCGAACAAAUUACAUCGGGAUCUAUUAUUUUUUUGAACUUUAUUUUAUGUUUAUUAUUGUCAACGUUGUUAUUUUUACUUACCUAUGUAUGAUGAAUUCUAAUUGACAACAUAUAUAGCUCAAAUAAACUUUUCCUGGUAAGAAAACAAGCAAAUAGAUGAGCAUAAUUGUUAUUAUCAAUUUUGGGCAAUCAGUUAUAUAUACAUAUAUAUGUAUACGCAUGGAGAUGUGAAUAAAUCACUGUCCUAAUUCUACUUGAGAUCUGCCUAUUAGUUUGUUUUUUUUGUUCAUUUCCUUAUUAUCUUCACGUUUAUUCUUUAUUUGUGCUCAUUUAUUGUCUUCUUCCAUCAUUACCAUUGUCUUUCAUUUCUUAAAAUAUGAUAAUUUGUCUAGAAUGAUGUAUGUAUUCUUAAUUUCUUUUGUUCAGCGCUUUUUUUUAAAAUGAAAUGUCAACAUGGAUAUUAAGUAUUUAUUGUUCAGAGCAUGAAUUCUAGUUUUAUAAUAUAUACUUUUUGCCAUACAUCAUGCAUUUCAUUCCUGUGUAUUAUAUCACACGAAUAUCCAUCUAUUCAUAUGGACUUAUAAGGACAUAUACAUAUAUAGCCGUAUGAUUACAUUACAUUCAUAAAUAAUUACGUCAUGUUCAUAAUAUGUAUAUGCAUAUGUAAUUUCUUCGAUUCAUAGCUCAAUUUCAUAAAUUCUAUUUCAUAGAAAAACAAAUUACAAUACAAAGAAACAAAAUUUCAAUCAUAUUUAAAUAAUUUGGCAUGUUUUUUUUUGUUCAGGGUUUCAUUGAUUUCAUUUUAUCUAUGUAUGAUUACGUAAUAUUCAAUUAUUCUCUAAAAAAAAUUUAUUACUUUUUUUGACAUGAUUUAUGAUUGACUAGUAAAUCAGUUGUCUUCCGUGAUUAAAUUUAAUGUUGUUGAAAAGUAUUGUAUCAUGAUGAUGAUAAUGAACACACACACACACGUACAUUUAUAUACAUACACGCAUAAAUUGUGUGCAUGUUUAUGUAUUUCAAAGAAAAGAUAUGGACAAAGUCUGUGAUAAGAGAGUUUCUUCCAGUCUUCCUUCAUUUAAAUUGCAUGUUUCGUAAAUUCUUUUCUUUUUUGUUGCUUUCUCUUGUUUAUAUUUUACACAAUAUUUCACUGAUAAGACUUGAAUGUUUUUAUGUCAUUGUUAAUAAUACUACUGCUAUUAAUACUACUACUAAUAAUAAUAUUGUCUAAUAUUGG